AUGGAUCAACCGUUCAGCAAUGAUGGUGCCGGAAUGGCUCUGCUAUCACACCAUCCAUCUCGCCGAAAGGUGUGGAUGGGUAAAAUUGGUGCUGUGCAUGGUCGCAUGCCUGGAAUCAAUAAGUUGCCGUUGAAAGUCUUGGGGACGAUUGGGACGUUGGUGCUUGUUAAUAUUGUGGUUUGGGUGGGUGUUGGGGUUGUCUUGGCGUAUCAUCCGCUGUGGGCUUCACGUCAGAUAAAUGAGGGUCAUCAUUCGCAAGGUGAAUCUGCGCUGGCAUAUAGUUUAGGAUUACGGCACGCUCUGGAUGCUGAUCAUAUUGCUGCCAUCGAUCUCAUGACACGACGUCUAAUAGCAGACGGACAACGACCUACAACAGUCGGAACGUUCUUCUCACUCGGACACUCAACAAUCGUAAUCAUAACAUCCAUCGUCGUUGCAGCGACAGCAGCCGCCGUCUCAGACCGGUUCGGAAGCUUCAGUAAAGUCGGUGGCAUAAUCGGGACUUCAGUAUCCGCUGCAUUUCUCAUAAUUCUUAGUAUUCUGAACAUGUGGAUCUUAUGGAAGCUGUGCGUGCAGUUGGAGACUAUCAUUGAGAAGGGAGAAGAGAGGACACCUGAUCCUUGGGAUGGAGCAGGAGGUGGACCGCUGUUUAGGGUGUUUAAGAGGAUGUUCAAGUUCAUUGAUAGGCCAUGGAAGAUGUAUCCCCUCGGCGUCCUCUUCGGUCUCGGCUUCGAUACCUCCUCAGAAGUUGCUCUCCUGGGUAUAGCUUCCCUCCAAGGCGCAUCAGGAACCUCCUUCUGGCUCAUCCUCAUCUUCCCAAUCCUCUUCACAGCAGGCAUGUGUCUCCUCGACACCACCGACGGCGCGCUCAUGAUGACGCUAUACACUUCCACUGCUCUAGCUCGCGAUCAAAUCGCUAUCUUGUACUACAGCAUUGUGCUUACCUUGAUCACUAUCUCUGCUGCAAUGGCUAUUGGUGUUAUUCAACUCCUCAGUCUGAUUUUGAAUGUGGCUGAGCCGACUGGGAGGUUUUGGGAUGGUGUUGAGAAGGCAGGGGAUAAUUAUGAUAUUAUUGGGGCUGCUAUAUGUGGGAGUUUUGUUGUUGCUGGGGUGGGGAGUGUGGUGUUUUAUGGGACUUUUAGGAAGGCGGUGGAUAGGAGGAUUAGGAGGAGGGAGGAGAGGGAAGCACAGGAAGGGGUUAUGGUGGAUGGAGAUAGAGAUGGAGAUGCGGUUAUCGUUGAUGAGGGUGAGAGAAGGAGUGAAGCUGGACCGUUACCAGAUAAAAGGGCGAGAGUUGAGGUUGAGGCAAGUGCUGGGCCUUCUGGUUGA